GCGCGGUGCCAGCCCCGGCCCGGAAGUGCAGCGGCGGCGGCGGCGAGCGGCACCUCCUGUAAUAUUCAUAAUUAAAAUGGCAAAAACAACUGAUCCUUCUGAGAAACUGAUCAUCCACUCCAAAGCUCACAAAGAUACCAUUCUAGCUAAUUUUGAGGAACAAAGAAAAAAGGAUUUUCUUUGUGACAUUACUCUGAUAGUGGAGAAUGUGCAAUUUAGAGCCCAUAAAGCUUUGCUGGCUGCCAGCAGUGAAUACUUCUCAAUGAUGUUUGUAAAUGAGGAUGAAAUAGGGCAGUCAGUUUAUAUGUUGGAGGGAAUGGUGGCAGACACCUUUGGAGUUCUGCUAGAAUUUAUUUACACUGGUUGCCUCUGUGCCAGUGAGAAAAGUACAGAACAAAUCCUGGCUACUGCACAGCUGCUGAAAGUAACUGACUUGGUCUGGGCCUGUACAGACUACCUGGAAAGCCGCAGCCCAGGCAGUGCAUUGCCAGCUCCAGCUGAAAGUGUAGCCUCUGUUGUUGCAAGUGACAGGAAAAAUGAUGAUCCACCAAAGCGAAAACGGGGGCGGCCAAGGAAAAUCAAGAUUGUCCAAGAGGAAGAAGAAGAAGAAUCAGGAGCAAAUUCUGCCGAAGAUGGGCAGCUGAGAGAGAACAACUCUGUGCAAAAUGAGCAAAAUUAUAUGAAAAAAGACACUGAAGUAGAAGAAACAGUUGCCAAUGAACAGGCUUCAGUGGGGAAAGAUGGAGAAGAAAGUGAACCUGCUUGUAGCUCAGAGGCUGCUGUUGAUCUAUCAGCUGAGAAAGAUGAAAACUACGAUCCCAAAUCUGAAGGAAUACAGAGCACUCAGAGCCGUUACAGCAAACGUAGAAUAAGGAGAUCAAUCAAACUAAAAGAUUACAAACUUCUUGGGGAUGAGGAUGAGAAAGGACUGGCAAAGAGGGCUGAUGGAAAAAGAAAGCGUGUGGGUUCUGAAGCUCGCUGUAAAGACUGUGGCAAAGUAUUUAAGUACAGUCAUUUCUUGGCUAUUCACCAGCGAAGCCAUACAGGGGAACGCCCUUUUAAAUGCAGUGAGUGUGGCAAAGGCUUUUCCCAGAAGCAUUCUCUUCAAGUGCAUGAGCGGAUGCAUACCGGGGAACGGCCGUACACGUGCACCAUUUGCAGUAAGGCUCUGACAACAAAGCAUUCUCUUCUGGAGCACAUGAGCCUACAUUCAGGGCAGAAGGCUUUUACCUGCGAUCAGUGUGGGAAAUACUUCAGCCAAAAGAGACAGCUCAAGAGCCACUAUCGACUACACUCAGGCCGUUCACUGCCGGAAUGCAACCAGUGUCGUCGCAAAUUCAUGGAUGCAGCUCAGCUAAAGAAACAUCUAAGAACACACACAGGUGAGAAGCCCUUCACUUGUGAGAUUUGUGGCAAAUCAUUUACAGCUAAAAGUUCACUUCAGACUCACAUUAGAAUUCACAGAGGAGAAAAGCCAUAUUCUUGUGAUAUAUGUGGAAAAUCCUUCUCUGAUUCCAGUGCUAAGAGAAGACAUUGUAUCUUACACACAGGCAAAAAGCCUUUUGCCUGCCCAGAAUGUAGUUUGCAGUUUGCUCGUCUGGACAACCUGAAGUCUCAUUUGAAAAUUCACAGCAAGGAAAAGCAGUUUCAGGAAGGCAGCGCCGCCCCGAGCGCCAACGCUCAUCCGGAAGAAGUGCGAAACAUUCUCCAGCUGCAGCAGUACCAACUUGCCACCUCGGGAGGGCAGGAAAUUCAGCUGCUGGUUACAGAUGCAGUACACAACAUCAACUUCAUGCCCAGCCACAAUCAAGGCAUCAGCAUUGUGACCACAGAAAGUGCCCCCAGCAUGACCACAGAGCAGGCUGCCAACCUCGCGCUCCUUGCGCAGCCGCCGCAGCAGCUGCAAAACUUGUUGCUUUCAGCUCAGCAGGAGCAAGCAGAACAAAUUCAAAGUAUCAAUAUGAUUGCAAACCAAAUAGAGGCUGCCCAGCCUGAACAAAUGCAUGUCAUCACUCUUUCCAAGGAAGCACUAGAACAUCUCCAUGCUCAUCAAGGACAAAAUGAACAAAUCCACUUGCCGGGAUCUUCACAUCCAGCUCAGCAAGUGCAGCUGGCUCAGGAAUCAAGUCAGCAGUCCCGCUCUAACCACGACAUGGUUCCUUCCCAUCAAGUCAGUGAGGAACAGAAUCAUAGUGUACUUGUUUCUGAAUCCCAUCAGCAGCCUCUGUCAGUGAAUGAGUCAUCUCCUGAGCAUCCUAUCCAGGGACAGGCUUUCUGAAAUGCUUGUUUGUCAGCAGACGGCUGGGCUAGAGAAUGCUUCUCAUCCCCAGCAGGGAUUACAUGUGUCACGUGUGGUUUUUUUGCAACAUAAGCUAUCUAAAGAUGCAUUUCUUGGUGAUUUUGGAUGAGUGACUCAAUUUCCUUAACCAUAUUUAUUUUAGACUACUUUGUUUUUCUGGAUUGGUAUUUCUUUACCAUACUUAGUCCUCACAAGUAUCUCACAAGCAAUUAAUGUGGGGUUUUGUGCCUCAUUCACAUCUCUGCCUCCUGAGGAGAUAUUUAGCCCUUAUUUGCAUUUCUGAGUGACUCUUCAGAGAAGUUCACCUGGCUGGUAGGAGAACAAUGUUUAGGACAUCUGUGGAUCACAAAGUACCACUUCCCUGACAAACUUAACGUUAUACCUGAGCUAUUGUCAAGCUUAAGACAACCAGUACUUUUUGCAAAGCAAACACCAUAUUUCUUCUGUUUAAUGAGCUUUCUCUCUGCAGGUUAAUGUAUAAUUCUCUAUGUAAUCAUUCCCUGAAGUGCAUUAUGAGUUACUGACUACCAGAUUCAUUUGGUUUGAGUUGAAACUGUUUGCAGCCUUUAACUAGCCCUGAAUCUUCCCUCCUGUUUACCAUGUGCUGUACACAUCUUUCUCCUCAGAAACAUUUAAGCCAUUGCACUUGAAUAGUGGCAAUGAGAUGCAAUGGUUACACUGGAGAACUGAAACCCCACAGAUUCUGCUCUGUUAGUUCUGCCACUCACUCUCUGUGUGACUGUGGGCAAGGGAGUUGACCUCUGUGCCUUAUUUAAUCAUCUAGUAAGUGGGGGAUAGUGUUCACACACUCUGCCAAGCACUUUGAAGAGCUCUUGAUGUUGAAAGCACUGUCUCUUGAAGUGCAAAACCCUCUUCCUGACAGGAUUCUGUCUAAGCUUAGGAACCACUGUAUAUUUAAAGUGUUAUUUUUUGUACUUUUGAAAGAAGAACAUAAUCUUACUUUAAUAUAUGUUAAGACUGGUAAUUGUUUAUGUGAGGAUUCAAACAAUGAAGAGCAUCACUUCAGAACUUAACAAGUUACAUAAAUGGGGCACAUCACUUAAAGUUGUGCAGCUAUUUUUGUUGACUAAAUUAGAUGUGUACAGAUUGUUUUCAAUGACUGACUGCUAACAAAAAAGAUUUAACAUGGUAAUAAAAUGCCUUGCCAAAAUACA